ACAGAACGCAGCGUGGAUGGCCGAUGGUCUAUCUCUUUGGCGCUACAGAGAGCGAGCGGCAGCGGCUUCGGAAGUCGCUAUAUCGAUUUGCGCGGAGCUACUACGACUCGCUGACGUCGGUCGUUGUUGACCCGUUUGAGUUUCCGGACCUGAUGAGCCAGUUGGGUCUCGAGCCCGAUGUUUUCCCUGCCGGGGCAGUACACCAGCUGUCCGAGGAUCGCAUCUACCCGUACCCGAAGGGGCAGUCUCUGAGCCCCGACUCUCUCCAGCAAUGGGCCCUUGACGUCUACCAAGGCCGUAUCAAGCCGUGGGCGCCGCCGGGGGUGACCACUACGCACGAGGAUCUGGGCCCUGCUCGGGCCGCGACUCGUAAGAUGUCGACAGCGAGCAUUCCCGGCGUGAAGAUCAUGGUCGGGGGGCACGACGAGUUAUGAUAGCGCGGGGUUUCGAGAGUGGAGAUGUGCA